UCAGCGUCACUUGCAAGAGCAGGGCGUAUCGUUGUGUCCACACCAUCUCUCAAAGUAGCCUAUUCCCCAUCGCCUACUACUCCCGCACCCCCUUCGCCACCCCUGCGCUUCACCAUUCCAUUCCCCUCUCCUCCCUGCUGGUGCUCCUCCGUCGCUGCUGCUUAGCAUUGUUGCCGCGGGGGCAUCAACAACCAUCCUCUCUGCCACAAUGGCGCACGCUGCUGCAUGCCUCCAGGCCUCCUCUGCUGCUCACGUAGCAGUCAGUCGUGCCGUCUCUGCCCCCUCCUCCUCCUCCUCCGACACCUCCGUCUUCUUCUCCGGCCUCCGCCUCCCCGCUUUGCAAUGCCGCUCCUCCAGCUCCCAUCGCGCUGCUUUCUCGCAGCGCCGUGUUUUCACUGCUGCUCUCACCGAGCAAGCCAGUAAGGUGGCCUUGACCGCCGACCUCGAGGGCGAGCCCGAGCCUCCGAUGCAUUUGUUUAAGAACAAGGAGCCAUUCAUCGGCACUGUCAAGUCCGUGGAGCGCAUUGUUGGCCCCAACGCCACCGGUGAGACAUGCCACAUCGUGAUCGACCACGGCGGCCAGAUGCCCUACUGGGAGGGGCAGAGUUACGGGAUCAUCCCCCCCGGCGAGAACCCCAAGAAGCCCGGCCAGCCCAACACCGUGCGGUUAUACUCCAUCGCAUCAACUAGGUACGGUGAUGAAUUCGACGGCAAGACCGCCAGCCUUUGCGUGCGCAGGGCUGUGUAUUGGUGCCCAGAAUUGCAGGCCGAGGACCCUGCCAAGAAGGGAAUUUGCAGCAACUUCUUGUGCGACUGCAAGCCCGGCGACAAGGUGCAGAUCACCGGACCAUCUGGAAAGGUAAUGUUGUUGCCCGAGUCGGACCCUAACGCGACCCACAUUAUGGUUGCCACCGGUACCGGGAUUGCCCCCUACAGAGGAUUUUUGAGGCGUAUGUUCAUGGAGGACGUGCCGACGUUCAAAUUCGGCGGGCUUGCGUGGCUGUUCCUGGGUGUGGCGAACUCGGACAGUCUUCUGUACCACGACGAGUUCACCAAGUACAAGGAGGCCUUCCCAGAGAACUUCAGGUACGACACUGCGCUGAGCCGUGAGGAGAAGAACAGCAAGGGAGGAAAGAUGUACGUGCAGGACAAGAUCGAGGAGUACAGCGAGGAGCUGUUCAAUUUGCUGGACAAGGGCGCGCACAUCUACUUCUGCGGUCUGAGGGGCAUGAUGCCCGGAAUCCAGGACACCUUGAAGAGAGUCGCAGAGGCUCGGGGUGAGAAUUGGGAAGAGAAGCUCGCUAAGCUGAAGAAGAACAAGCAGUGGCACGUCGAGGUGUACUGAGGUCGCAUUGACGCUAGUCCAAAAAGGGGGACUCAAUCAGCAGGAAACUUGUCUACAGUGUCCUCCCUGGAGCGAUGACCUAGAGAACGAUGCGAUCUUAGGAGUAGGCUAUCAGAUUGUGGCCUUUCUUUUGAAGGUCUUUGCAGGUGUUUUGUUAUUUCUAGGGUAUGUAAUCUUUGUAUCAUUUGUCGAAUUUAUGCCACUAGUGGCAUCUGUGUCAGAUAGCAUGUCUACCGUUUGUGUAUCGAAUGGAAGGUGCCUCUCUGCGCUCGAAAGUUAUCUUCACUUUUUUAAGCAUGAUAUAUCGAUGGAGCAUUAUUCUUUAUUUUAGAUAAGUAACAAGCUCAGAAGAUCCAGGAUUUUUCUUUGACGCUUAA